CAGCUCAUUAGUAAGUUCACCCGAGUAAGCGCAGUAGUUUAACUGAGCAGUUAGGGCUUAUAAAACACACAGAAAUCGAUCACUGUGAUCAAUAUCUCCACAAAGCCUUGCUGAUAUCCUGAAAUAGUGCUCGUCCGUAAACCACAAGCGUUAUUUUUUGAGGGGCGUGUCCUGUGAAUGUGUUAUUUUGAUUGUGAAGCUGACGUCAGCGGACAGCGGCGGGAUGUGUGUGGACCGAAGCCGUUAUUCUGACCCAGCCGCUGUGCGCUUUUUUCCCCCGUCCGCCGGAGAGGGAGGCAGGCGCGGGGCUGUGUGCCUUUAAGAGAGGGCGGAGAGAGUUGGAGCCCCGGGCUGUGUGUUGAUCCUGUUUAGGUAUCCCUUCGCUUUCUCUCUUCUGUUUUCUUUCGAGCUGAUUUUACUGUGCCGUCUUUUUUAUUCACGAUGACGCUUGGGGGCGGGGCUUGGACGAAUUGUCAAUAAUAACAGCGGCGUCGAGGAGGAGGCGGGCGCAGUGAAGAUCCAUGUCUCCAUCAGUGCCAGCCUAAAAAAAUGAUUGAGAUGUCAUUUGACAAAGAAACUGUUUUAUCUUGUGAGGGGCAAACAGACCCCACUUCUCAAGAAUCUAACAGAAAUGAUACCAGUGUGAUCCAUCCACCCGUGAACACCACAGAUACAAACCUCAGUAAGGACCCAGGAAGUGAGGCGUCGCUAGAGAAAUCUGCUACCGCCGAUAACAAUGCUUCAAGUGAAGGUGCAGUUCUUGGUGCUGAAUCAUCUAAACAAACGCACAAUGGCACCAAACCACCACAGCAGAAAGUAAACAAGCGCCGCAACACUAUGAGCGCUGGGUUUAAACACCCAGGUUAUGGCAAACGACGACGGCGAGCCAACUCGGAAAGCGAGUCAGUCCUGCCAACCAAUUUCCUGCUGGGCGGGAACAUUUUUGACCCACUCAACCUCAACAGCCUUCUGGACGAAGAGGUUAACAAGGCUCUCAAUGCAGAGACGCCCAAGUCUUCACCAUUGCCAGCUAAAAACCGAGACCCUGUUGAGAUCUUGAUACCCAGAGAUAUCACAGACCCCCUCAACCUCAACUGCCUGAGCACAGGAGACAGUCUGCUGGUGUCUCCAUUGAAGAGCGGUGGAGGCAGGCGGAGACAUCGAAACAAACACCAUGGAGCAAACACUGGACGAGUUUCCACUGAAGGAAUUGGUUUAACAGAGUCUAAUGGCUGUGCAGCAGUGAAGGAUGAUGGAACAUCAUUGGUCUCAAUGACAAAUUUGCAUUUAGAAAGUGCAAUUGAGGAUCAAACUCUGUCGGACACGACUUUUGAGUCUUCAAAUAAGUCCAGUUUAACUAUAAAUGACAAUGAGGUGAAGGAGAAAACCAUUGAUGGCUCAACCGCACAUUUAACAGCAAACCAAACCAACCCUCAAUCAAGCAGGCAGCGCAAACGCAGGCGAGCCGGCAGCAGAACGGAAAACUCCAGUUCUUCUUCUGAGGUGAAAAGGUCUGGGAGACAUUUUCAACCCAAUGAAUCCCAAGGAGCAAACUCUCGAAGUGGAGUUUCUGAUAGGCAGCAACAGCAUCCGAAUCAAUGGAGGCCGCAGUACAGCAACAACAAUCAGAACCCGCAACAGCCCAAAAAGAAGUUCCAAUACGGUAACUAUAACAAAUACUACGGUUAUCGGAAUCCAGGGAUGAGCGAGGAUCCUCGCAUCCGUGUUAUGAAUCCUGAUUGGUUCAGAGGGAAGGAUGUGUUGGAUCUGGGAUGCAACACUGGUCAUCUGACUCUGUUUAUCGCUAAAAAUUGGCGACCAGCUAGUAUUGUGGGCCUGGAUAUUGAUGGAUCGCUUAUACAUGCUGCUCGACAGAAUAUAAGACACUACCUCUCUGAGGUUCAAGUACAGCACUCUCGACGCUCUGGGGAAAAUACAAAGGGGGAUCGAGGGGAGGUUUCAGGAGAAGAAAAGGAGAAAGAUAAAGCUAGUUUGGUUAUGGAUGACAAAAAGGCAAAGCGUGUUGAUGAAGUGAAUAAAUGCAUGGACGAAGGAAUGGAGGUGAAUCAAGAAGAGAAGAGGGAGGCUGAUCGGGGAGAAGUGGAGGAUGGAGCAUCGGUAGAUCUCCCUGAUGGGAAACAUUCGUUCCCCGUCUCGCUCCGGAUCUCAAGAGGACCCAUUGCUGGGCCCCCUUUGCCCGAGACAAACACACACAGUCUCCCUCCUGGAGAUUUCCCUGCCAACGUGACCUUUGUUAAGGGGAACUAUGUGCUGGAGAGUGAUGUGCUGCUGCAGACACAGAGGGAGGAGUACGACGUGGUUCUGUGUUUGAGUGUGACAAAAUGGGUCCACCUGAACUGGGGGGAUGCAGGACUCAAGCGCUUCUUUCACAGGGUAUACAAGCACCUUCGGCCGGGAGGACUCUUCAUUCUGGAGCCCCAGCCCUGGAGCUCCUACAACAAAAGGAAGAAGCUCACCGAGGCCAUCUGUAAGAAUUACCACAGCAUCCGGUUAAAACCAGAGCAGUUCUUCUCCUUCCUGACGACUGAGGUGGGAUUUUCCAGUUAUGAGCUCAUUGGGACAUCGCAGAACUACUCUAAAGGUUUUCAGAGACCAAUUUCUCUUUAUCACAAGCGACCUUCAUCUUUAAAGUGACGGCACCAGUUAGAGAUGGAUUUUUUGGGGGGAUUAUUGAUUUUUAUUUUUAUUAUUAUUUUUUUUUUUUUGAGAACAACCAGCAUUUGAAGCCACUAGAACUUAAAACAUCUUAAAAAAAAACUCUCUUAAAUGUUUCAUUGGUGCUGAAUAAGAUUGCUCCCCUGCUGUAAUAAAAUAAAGGAAGACCACAGCAUUUUUCAAGGACUCUAACGAAGAAUUAGUCCGAUCAGAUGCUCGUAUUUCCUGUUCAGAUGUUUUUAUCGCUUGUAAAGUUCUUGUGAAGACGCACAAGUUAAAUCAAAUCCCAUAAAGUCAUUUCUAGAGUAAUUUGAAAGUAUUUUUCUCGAGCAGCUUCACAGCAUACAUACUGUAUCUGAUAAGUUAUCGUAUAGAACAGUGUUUCUCAACCACAUUCCUAAAGGACAACCAGCUCUGCAGAUUUACCAGAUCUCCUAAACCAAACACCUGAUUCAGAUCACCAGCUCAUUAGCAGAGACUGAGACACCUGAAUUGGGUGUAACAGACAAAGGAGACAACCAAAACUUGCAGUGUCGGUGGUCCUCCAGGAACAUGGUUGAGAAACACUGGCCUAGAACUCAAAUGUUUAGUGGUUAUGUUUUCUUUUGUUUGAUUGUUUCUUUUUUUCCUCCUAAGGGAAGAUUAGAGCACAUUACCAAAUGUGGAGUUUCAGAUUUCUUUCUGCUAUUCUGUUGUCGUUGCUGCAGUCAUAUUCUCUCCGGUUUUCUUAAUAUUUUGAACAUUGCUAACAUUUAGCAUUCCUGUUAUUCGUCAUCAGCCAUUGUGCAUCUAGACGUGGCCGCCAAUUAUUUUAACAAAUGCCAAUCUCAAUUUUAUAUUCACCAUGAAAUCGCCUGAUCAUAGUUUCAACUCUUUGGAGUUCUGAAGCUGCGGGUUAGCUAAUUUGCUAUGUUAAAAGUGUUUACUAAAAUAAGUCAGACUGACGCCAGAAGGAAGUGAAUCCUAUUUUGGUGUGAGCUGAGCUGCAGAGAAUGACGUUAACUUUUUGUUUUUAUUAUUAUUUGGUCUGUUGUUCUGCAACUUGUAUAAGUUGAACUAAAAACCGAGGUACAUUUUUGUAAAUUGUUCGUCCAGAGUUCUUGUGUCCAUCGAGGUAACGUUGUUGUUGUUGGUUUUAUUCCUAUUGGAAGGUUUGCACUAAAACGAGAGAACAAACUGAUCUCCAGCAUUUGUAUUUUAAAGUACAAAUGUAAUGUUGGUGUGUCUUUGGAAAAAAAGGGUCCUUUUCAUUCAAGAGACUCAAAUAAGUUUGAAAAAUAAACUACAAAAUAACAAGAA